AUGGGUUUAGACUUGGCACCAAUGGCCGACACUUGUUGCGGCAAUGUCAUCAAGAAGGUCUUUGCUAACCAACCAGACGAUGCAGUUAACAUCCACCAUCAAUGCUUCAAGUGUCCAGACCUCCCAGAGAACACUUGGAGAUUAUUCUAUCUUGCCAAUAAUAGCACAUGGUUCACAAUGAUCACCGUUGUCACUCGCCCAACUUUCAAAACAUACCAUGUUGCCCUCGACCAAGAUGAUCCCUUCGUCCCAAUGAAGAACUUCAAUGGUACCACAGAGACCAUUUGGGGCUAUGUUGACAUUGACCUUACGGGAGCCAAAAAUGCAGACGUCACCUUCUCUCGCUCAAAGCAAGCUGGAAAGAUCAAUGACUAUGCCGUCCAUAGGAUUCCAAGUGAGAACUUUGACAAAGUCAGGCGUAAGGCCUGGGUCAUCUACCAGGGCUCAGAGUAUGCCGACCAGACACUGUGGAUCAAUCCAACUGACCUCUUGGCCUCACAUCCCAGCCUAAAUCCACAAGUUGGCCGCUGGAACUUGAAUGGAACAGGUGAUCUUAUGCGGGCCUAUGACGCCAAUCAAUAUAGAAUGAAGAAUAGAUAA